AACGCCCAUAUCCGGGUUCCCGCCGCCGCCGCCGCCGCCGCCGCCGCCUCGGCCUCGCUCCCGCUGCCCUGUCAGGAGUGGUGUGAUUCCCGACCAAGAUGGCGGCCGUGGGGCGAGUCGGCUCGUUCGGUUCUUCUCCACCCGGGCUAGCCUCCGCUUACGCCGGCGGGCCCCUGGCCCACGAGCUGGCGUCGGGCAGCGGCGGCCCCGCGCCGGGCGACGACGAGGACGGGCAGAACCUCUGGUCCUGCAUCCUCAGCGAGGUCUCCACGCGCUCGCGCUCCAAGCUCCCGACCGGGAAGAACGUGCUGCUGCUGGGUGAAGAUGGAGCUGGAAAAACAAGCUUAAUAAGAAAAAUUCAGGGAAUAGAGGAGUACAAGAAGGGAAGAGGCCUGGAGUAUUUGUACUUAAAUGUGCACGAUGAAGACAGGGAUGAUCAAACAAGAUGUAAUGUGUGGAUCUUGGAUGGGGACCUGUAUCACAAAGGGCUACUCAAGUUCUCUCUGGAGGCCCUUUCUCUGAAGGACACUCUGGUUAUUCUGGUCGUUGAUAUGUCAAAGCCUUGGACUGCUUUGGACUCCUUACAGAAAUGGGCAAGCGUGGUGAGAGAACACAUUGACAAGCUGAAAAUACCCCCUGAAGAGAUGAAGGAAAUGGAGCAGAAGUUGAUUAGAGACUUCCAAGAGUACGUGGAACCUGGAGAAGACUUCCCAGCUUCCCCACAGCGAAGAGCCACAGCCGCCCAGGAGGACCGAGAUGACAGCAUUGUCCUACCUCUGGGUGCAGACACACUCACACACAACCUGGGCCUCCCAGUGCUCGUAGUCUGCACAAAGUGUGAUGCCAUUAGCAUAUUGGAGAAAGAGCAUGACUACAGAGAUGAACACUUCGAUUUUAUCCAGUCACACAUCCGCAAGUUCUGUUUACAGUACGGUGCAGCGCUUAUUUACACGUCAGUGAAAGAGAACAAGAACAUAGACUUAGUUUAUAAAUACAUCGUCCAGAAGCUGUACGGGUUCCCCUACAAGAUCCCCGUGGUGGUGGUGGAAAAGGAUGCGGUGUUUAUUCCAGCAGGGUGGGAUAAUGAUAAGAAAAUAGGAAUAUUACAUGAAAAUUUUCAAACUUUGAAAAUAGAAGAUAAUUUUGAAGACAUCAUAACCAAACCUCCUGUCCGAAAGUUUGUGCACGAGAAGGAGAUCAUGGCAGAAGAUGACCAAGUGUUUCUCAUGAAGUUACAGUCCCUUUUAGCAAAGCAACCACCAACUGCAGCUGGAAGACCUGUGGAUGCAUCUCCAAGAGUCCCUGGAGGCUCCCCUCGAACACCAAACAGAUCUGUGUCAUCCAAUGUUGCCAGUGUGUCUCCCAUCCCUGCAGGGUCAAAAAAAAUUGAUCCAAACAUGAAAGCUGGAGCAACGAGCGAAGGUGUCCUGGCAAACUUCUUCAACAGCCUGUUGAGUAAGAAGACUGGGUCCCCUGGAGGCCCCGGAGUCGGGGGCAGUCCUGGAGGAGGGGCUGCAGGGGGAAGCAGCGGCUUGCCACCCUCCGCCAAAAAGUCAGGCCAGAAGCCUGUGCUCUCAGAUGUUCAUGCAGAGCUAGACAGAAUCACACGGAAGCCUGCUUCCGUUUCUCCUACAACACCCACAUCUCCCACGGAAGGAGAAGCCUCCUGAAGACACCAAACAAAGCCAUUUGUUCAUUCUCCUGGGUAACGUCAGCUUGCCUCUGCCUUUUCCUUCCAAGUGGAAGUUAGGGGCCUGGAAGCUUUUACAGACAGACUUUUUUUUUUUUUUUUUUUUUUUGGUGACUGCCCAUUUUUAAAAGAGGAGCUACACAGAAGAAAGACAAAAGACAAUUUUACAUUAUGUAGAAUAACUGUUUGCACUGCUGUUCUGCAUAAGGAAGUAAUUUUGGACUUUGAAAAAAAAAUAUCAGACUGUGUAAGACUGCAAUAGAGCCAGGUGACCCUGUUCUCCAGGCUGUAUAAGCUGCAUAGGAGUAUUUAGGGACGUGCAGAAAAAUAUGUGAUUUGGGCAGUUGAUUAACUCAGAAGUCUAAAUUGUUUUAGGUAAGACUAUUGCAAUCAUUGUUAAAGAUGCCUACUUUUUUUCGGAAGAACGCUGAUCAGUUGUCAGAUCUCACACCAGGAGCAGUUAGUCCACCUGAGGCCCACUCCAUGAUGGUGUAAGUUACGACUAAAAGGCUUAGAGCCGUUGGCCAAGAUGCUCCUGUGGUCAAGAAAGCAAACACAUCACCUGAGUGUGAGAGGUGCAGAGGUUAUGAACAUGUAAAGAGAGAACCGGCUUUGCAGGUGUCCAUACAUAUAUAUAUGGCUCUGCCUUAAUAUACUCCUUUUUUGUUCGUGACUUUCAACUGUAAUCAGUUAAUAAAGUAUUUAUUCUCUGCA